AUGACAUGGGCAAUUGCUUCACAUAACAUCGAUUUUGUUACUUUUUUGAUGAAUGAAUACAACUUAAAAAUUGAUAUCGCAGACUGUAUUAGAUAUAAUAAUCUUCAAGCAUUUUUAGUUUAUUUAGACAAAUUAAAUGAUGUCAACAAAUGUGUCGCAGAAUCUGUUAGAUUUAAUAUUCCAUCCCUUUGUGAAUUCUUUAUCACUCAUGGUGCAGAUGUCAAUGGAAAAGAUGUUGAUGGGUCAACUGCGCUUCAUAUUUCGGCAUAUGAUAAUAAAAUCAAUUUUGUUAAUAUGCUUCUUUCAUAUGGUGCAGAUGUGAAUGUCAGAAAUAACUAUGGAACAACUGCACUUCAUUAUGCAAUUUAUAGUAGUAAUUUAGAAAUAAUAGAAGCUCUUAUUUCACAUGGUGCAGAUGUCAAUGUUAAAAAUGAUUAUGGGCAAGCUCCUAUUGAUUAUGCAACUACUGAAGAAAUUAAGGAUUAUCUUAAAUACCAUGGCGCAAUUUAA